AUGGGCUCAUCUCCAUAUUUUGCAAUCCGCGUCAAUUAUCAACUGGUUGAAGACGAAAAAGUUAAUUUUCCGUUAGCAGCUUCAGUUUUUGCAAGUGAAACCUAUGUGGACGAUUUAUUUGUUGGGGGAGUGGAUAAGGUCUCCACUAUUGCCUUGAGAGAUGAUCUCCUUCAAUUGGCUUCUGCUAGCGGUCUCCGCUUACGCAAAUGGUUUAGCAAUUCUGUUGACUUGCUUACUGGACUGGAUCAAUCGGAUCACGGUUUAGCAAUAGAACUUCCAUAUGAUAAUUCUUCAGGGUUUAAGGUUCUAGGAAUUUUAUGGAGUCCUUCAGAUGAUGCAUUUCAUUUUCACAUUAAUGAAGUUCAUGAUGAGAUUUCUACAAAACGCUCAAUACUGUCAGCAGUUUCGAAAUUGUAUGACCCUAUGGGCUGGCUAGCUCCAGUUACUAUAGUUGCAAAAAUUUUACUUCAAAAACUCUGGUUACAAAAACUGGAUUGGGAUCAUACGCUUCCUUCCGACCUUGCACAAGAAUGGUAUGAUUUUUGCACUAAAUUACCAGCAUUAUCGCGCAUUUCAAUUCCGAGGUGGACUUUCUGUGGUAGGGAUACUAAUUCAAUUGAAAUACACGGCUUUUCCGAUGCAUCGCGCCUCGCUUAUUCUGCGGUUGUAUAUUCGCGUAUCAUUUCAGAAUCAGGUGAAAUUGCAGUUAAACUUCUUAUUGCCAAGACAAAGGUUGCCCCGAUCAAGACUGUCAGCAUUCCACAUCUUGAACUAUGGGCUGCCACUCUAUUGACAAGGCUAAUUCCAUUCGUGGUCAGUUCUCUUUAA